AUGGCGUCACGUCAUGGUUACAACUAUAAUUACGCCUCCAACCCUAGCGGCUAUGGUAGCGGUGGCGAGGCUGGACCGCCACGGGAGGCUGGUGCCCGGCGUAAGAAAUUAGCUGCCUUUGCUGGGAGUGUAUAUCGCGCUGGUGCUGCUGCUGCGUCGGAGAUCAAGGAGCAGUACAACAACACCCGGAUACGGAAUGUGGAGUCUAUGGAUGCGAGCCAGUACUCUAUUCCUGGGUCGUUUCCCGAUGUCAAGAUCAUUCACAAGGGGGAGGAGCAGAUGGUUCUUUUUCCUACUUAUGCAAAGAUGCAUGUGAAGGGAGCUGGAAGACACCCGCCUGGUCAUGUGGUGGUUCAGACACAACCGCAGCAGCAGCAGACUAGGGAUGGGCAGUCUCAGGGGCAAAAUCAGGAACGGUUUUGGAAGGAUGAGUGGGAUAAGAAUGCCGACGAUAACGCGGUCGUGGACGUUGACAUCAGGGGUUGGAUAUAUAUGCCCAACACGGGACCGAUGACCAGAAGAAAUCGCAUGGUGAUUGGUCUUGCCAGGAGGCUCAGUGGCAUUCCACCACCGACGACAUCGCAGGGAGGUUCGUCAGCCGAGGACCAUGAGCAGAUGAAAGAAGAGAAGAGAAUCGCAGAAGAGGCAAAGAGGAUUGAGAAGCAGGGCAGAGAGGAAGAGGAGGUUGCGACAAGAGGGGGCUACAGCGAGGGUCCAGACCGAAGUGACUCGGCCCGGGGGCCACGAACUGCAGCCCGUAGGACAGCCUCGAACUCCCCGCCACCAUCACCACCAUUGCCGGCAAGGACGAAUACGGGGGGGCCAGCCGACCUGACAGAGGCUGAGCUGGCAGUGGCCAAUGCGAACCUCAUGGCGCGAAUAGGACCGUUCAUGACGACGCCUCUUGUCCAGCAUCCAAUCACACUCUUCUUCUACAACGAUACUCGAUCGAGAUCUCGUACGAUACAGACAGAUGACUCGGGGCAUUUCAUUGUCCGUGUGUUUCUGGACUUUGUGCCCACCCAUGUUAGGGUACUGGCGAGUGAAAACAUCUCAGCGACAAAUCCCAUCGAGAUUAUCGAUUCUACCGGUGUAAGCUUGAUCAGCGAUGUGGACGACACAAUCAAACGCUCCAAUAUUGGCAUGGGAGCUCGUGAGAUCUUCCGUAACACUUUCAUUCGAGAUUUGGCGGAUUUGACUGUUCCUGGAGUCACCGAGUGGUAUCAUACUAUGCACGAUCUUGGGGUCCAGUUGCAUUACUGCUCCAACAGUCCAUGGCAAUUGUUUCCGGUACUUGCGACCUUCUUCCACAUGGCUGGGCUGCCACAGGGCUCUAUACACCUGAAGCACUACAGCGGGAUGUUGCAAGGAAUUUUUGAACCAGUGGCGGAGAGGAAAAAGGGGACACUCGAGGCUAUCUUGCGAGACUUUCCUGAAAGGAGGUUCAUCCUAGUAGGCGACAGCGGUGAGGCUGAUCUCGAGGUCUAUACCGACCUUGCAGUCCAGAAUCCUGGGCGCGUGCUGGGUAUCUUCAUUCGCGAUGUCACUACCCCUGACGAGCUUGGCUUUUUUGACUCUGGGUUCAAGCUUGACAGUGACCAGCGGAGUACACUAAGGGCUACUCGAGCGAGGAUUGAACAGCAAAGUGAGCCCAGAAAUGAGGAAGCACGGCCGCAACUGCCUCCCCGAACGUCAGCCUCAUCUGCGGGAUCUAGAGGGCCUGUGGAAGGGACCUUGAUCGACUUCUCCGAUGACUCAACUCAGGUCAGCCCUAGCCAAAGCCGCAGAGAAAGUAACCAGGAGAGGCCGAGAACGGCGGUGCCUUCAUCAGAACUUCCCCUCCGUAAGGCACCACCACCUCGGCCUGCCAAACCUGAUGCUUUGAGGAGCGCCUCGGCAUCAGACACAGCUGCUAGCUCGCGGGACAGCCCUGCUUCUGCACCCAACCCCCGUGUUCACGCAUUAUCUGUGUCGAGCGGCUCUCGACCACCAAUCACCAGUACCGCUAGUUCUCCUGCUGCUAGCCGCGAUAGAACGACACCACCGCCACCUCCCCCACCUAGGCGAAGUGGGACGGGAUCGAGUACGCAGAGUCUGCCGCAAGCGCAACAUCCAGUGAAGCGAGCCAACGCCAGUUUUGAUGGAAUUAUUCACUCUACUUCCUCUAGCCAAGGGUCACUGACGCCCCCGAAUGUUCCACCAAACAAUGCGGCAGCUGCUUUGAGCAAGAAGGUGGACAUGUGGCUAAGGCGGUUGGCACGAGCUCAUGAGACACUGGAUGGGAUGGGAGUGCCGCUGUACACGUGGAGAAGAGGCGAGGAUGUAAUCAAGGAGGCGGAGGGUAUUGUGAAGGAGGCGCUGAAGGAGGCCCAUAAAAGAUAA